GGACUAUUUUAUUCAUUUCGGUCGGACCCAUCGCUUCGUCGUAGGGUUUCUGCCUAAACCUGUUCCAGCAGAGCUGAGUUCAGCCAUCGUUCGUCAGUCGGUCAGUCUGUUUGUGAGGCGGGUUGCUUUGCUUGUCGAAGGAAGACAUCGCAGUCAGUAGUACACCGGUUAGUAGUCGUUAAACUCAAAUCGAAGCAACCGAACCAAGGGGCUGGGCGAGAGCGUGUUUUCCGUGAGUGCUUGUGGAAGCCGAAUUUGUAUUAUUGCCAAUCCAACACUGUGAUAUGAUCUAAGCCGAAAGCUGCCGCUAGAUCGAAGCUAAGAAAAACUGUGUGCUGCUAAAUUUUAAGAGUGAUAAAGUGUUUUUGUUUGUCUGUGAAGGAAGGUCAAAGAUGGCUUUGCGUGCGGUGGGUUUAUUGAUUAGCAAGGAGCUGUCUGCUACGACAACGCGCAUGAUCAGCACCAGUACAGUUCGAUCUGCCCGUAUCCUGAAGGAUUCUCCAAACUCGUACCUCAACAAGUCGCUGCUGGAUCGGUACCACAAGCUGCAGUACAAUCCGAAGUACGUGCAGGCAACUUACGUUUGGAUCGACGGUACAGGAGAAAAUGUCCGUCUAAAGGAUCGUGUUCUUACCGAGGUGCCGCAGAAACCGGAAGAUGUUCCCAACUGGCAGUACGAUGGAAGCUCUACUUAUCAGGCUUUGGGAGGAAACUCCGACAUCAAACUGGUGCCACGUGCCCUCUAUCGUGACCCGUUCAAGCCAGGAAAGAACGACGUGAUCGUUCUGUGUGACACAUAUCAACCCGAUGGUAAGCCAACUGAAUCGAACAAACGUGCAGCUAUGCAGGAAGCCUAUGACAAAACUCAUAACUCGGAACCGUGGUUCGGUAUUGAGCAGGAGUACACAUUCCUUGACAUCGAUGGACGUCCGCUGGGAUGGCCAACCGGUGGUUAUCCGGGACCUCAGGGACCAUACUAUUGCGCAACCGGUGCUCAAAACGUCGUUGGUCGUGACAUUGCCGAGGCUCACGCCAUCGCCUGUCUGUAUGCCGGAGUUGAUUUCGCCGGAACUAACGCCGAAGUGAUGCCCUCGCAGUGGGAAUACCAGGUCGGACCGAAUCUUGGCAUGAAGUGCGCCGAUGACCUGUGGGUAUCCCGAUACAUUCUGUGGCGUAUCGCUGAAGACUACGGUGUUGUGGUGACCUUCGAUCCCAAACCUAUGGAAGGCAACUGGAACGGAGCCGGUGGCCACUGCAAUUUCUCCACCAAGGAAAUGCGUGCCGACAACGGAAUCGUUGCCAUCAAGGCUGCCAUCGAAAAACUAGCUAAGCAGCACCAGAAACACAUCAAGGCCUACGAUCCCCGGGGAGGAAAGGACAACGAGCGUCGCCUCGUCGGCCGUCUAGAAACCUCUUCGAUCGACAAAUUCAGCUGGGGAGUGGCCGACCGCAGUACAAGUGUGCGCAUUCCACGGGGCGUUGCCGACGCCAACAAGGGCUACCUCGAGGACAGACGCCCAAGCUCAAACUGUGAUCCCUACGCCGUCUGCCACGCCAUUCUCACCACCUGUCUCGUGGACAACUAAGCGGCCGCUUCAAAAUUAAUUGCUGCCGCCACUCAAUAUUGUAUAUCCACUUAUCUCAAAUUGUGUAUUUUGGCCAAAACGGACAGUCGAUGGCAUUUGUUAUCCAAUAUGUGUAUGUGUGAAGAAUAAAGUGUUAUCAAGUAGUACAGAGUAGAACAUCCUCGUAUUAUGAUAUUCGCGAACAAUUUGCCAAAUUUUAACUGUUUAAAAUGUAUACACAUUGUUAUCAAGAACGAGAAUGGUAAAGAAAGUUUUAAUUCGAGAGUUUUUACCUUUUUUUCUCAAGCACUUUUAAUAGUUUACCGAUUGAUUGACUGAAAUCGUGUUAAAUCAUCACAAACACAGUUUCAGUUAAAACGAAAAUGGACGAUAAUAUGGUUUUUGGAAGUUAAAAUAGCCUGAAGAUAUUAAAAAAGAAACAACAAUAUUAAAAAAGAAACAACAAUUCUUAUUGAAAGAUGCACGAAUUAAAUAGUUUGAUAGUUGCAUUAAUUUCAAGUGAAAAUUUACAAAAAGCAUUAACAAUUAGAAAUGAUUGAAAAAAUAUCAUAUCGUUCAUCACGCAAAUUGCCACAAUGGAACAGAAAAAUGUAAAACAAAUAAAAAUAAAAUGGUGAUAAACAUCCGAGUGCCUGCUAGCAGAAAGAAGCGAGAAAAGACAGAAGUUCGACUAUUACCUAUAGCACACAUGUUGUAUACUUUUUUGAAAAAGCUGGAAAACGAAUCACAAACAAAUUUGGAACGCCCAAACUAGGAACAUCAAACGACUUUGUUUUAUUUUGUCGAAUGAAAAAUAAAAAUUAAAGUUUUCCUCUUUUUCGAAUAACUUUUUUUUUCUACCAUUAUUGACUGAUUUUCCUCCUCCUCGUUGUUUUAGAUUGUUUUAAAACUGGAAGGAAAGUACAAUUUAAAAAAAAUCGUCGGCUAAGCCACUAUUGAAAAAAAAACUAACAUAAAUGAAACAAGCUCAUUGAAAAUUAUUAGAAAAAAAAACCAAAAUUCAAAUCAAAUGAAAAACAAAACAAAACUCAAAUGAAAUCAAAUAU